UAUUGGCACAGAGAGCCCUUCGUGCUUCAUGGAGAAGUUUUAAAUGAGCAGCGUUGCUGUUUAUUCAUUUUAUGGAUAAGGAUUCUUAUAAAAUUUAAGAAUCGGUCAUUUUAUUUUAUCUUUUUGCGUUUGAUAUUGAGUUCAUUAAAGACCGUGCAUUUCUUGCCAUGUGUUUUUAACUCCUAUUGGGUUGAGUAGACUCUCAUUAUAAUGGACGGGGAGGACCUGGGAGAAAAUGUUCUUAUUCAUCUGGACGUCGAGAGUCUUAACCCUGCCAUCGUCAAACAGGAGAAAUCAGAGUUUUCCACCACUAGGAAAAUCUACUCUUAUCUAAAGAAGAAGACCUUUGCGACAUUUGUGGCAUCUAAGAAGAUCUCAUCACUUUGGCACUGCUGUGACAAGGCAUUCUCAGACCCCUCGUCCAUCCACAAGCACGUCUCCAACGUCCAUGCGAAUGAGAUUGACGAGCUCACCAGUGCAGCACUGGAUCAGAUGCUGAAGCGAGCCAAAGCCGACGACUCCGUACACGAAUAUCCGAAUGAUCGUCCGUCAAAAGAUGCUUCCUACUGGAUGCCUGAUAUAAGCCAUAUUUCUGAGGACAAGCUUAGCGAAGGUCCAGGUGAAGUCAUCUUGUAUUACUGCUAUUGUCAGAUAAAAGAGCCCAGAUUCAUUUGUGACUGGCAGAACGAGCUGUGUUCAAAGCUUCGUCUCACCGGAAAGGUACGUGUGGCCACAGAGGGCAUCAACGGAACAGUUGGCGGAACCAAAACAGCCACGAGCCUUUACAUCAGGGCAAUGUUGGCACAUCCCAUUUUCCAUGUAAUGCAAGUGGAAGAUUUCAAGACUAGUGACGGCGGUGCAGAGUGCUUUCCCGAUCUUAAGGUUGGAGCAUAUAAAGAAAUCGUCCCAAUGGGGGUGGAUCCAGAUAUCAUCUCCUACAGAUCAGCAGGAAAACAUCUGGAGCCUGAGGAAUUCCACAAGGAGGUGCAGUCUCUACUCAAAGAUGGUUCCUCCAACAGUGAUACAAUUCUGCUGGACUGUAGAAACUUCUACGAGAGUAAAAUAGGUCAGUUUAAAAAUUGUUUGGCGCCGGAUAUCCGCAAAUUCAGCUACUUCCCUGACUACGUGGACAAGAACCUGGACCUGUUCCGCAAUAAGAAGGUGCUGAUGUACUGCACCGGGGGCAUCCGUUGUGAACGAGGGUCAGCGUAUCUCUGUUCAAAAAACGUCUGUAAGGAAGUGUACCAGCUGAAGGGCGGCAUUCAUAAGUAUCUGGAGCAGUUUCCUGAUGGUUUCUACCGGGGCAAACUUUUUGUGUUUGAUGAGCGUUAUUCAAUCUCAUUCAACAGUGACGUGAUCUCAGAUUGUAGGUACUGUGGGUCUCCAUGGGACCAGUAUCAGCUCUGCUCAACUGAAUUCUGCUACCAGCUUGUCUUAUCCUGCACCUCUUGCAGGCAGAAAGGCCUUACAGCCUGCUGCCCUGUGUGUCAAGCCAAAGAGCAGAUGCCCAGAGGCAGCCCCUCGAGCGGAAGCGUGCACAAAGAAGAAUGCGAAUGUACACAUUCUCGGCCCCGAAUCCCUAAAGACACUUUAUGAUGAGCAGAUCUCUGAGGCUUCCUGCUGUUUCGCAUCUGGUGCAGGAAAAAUACUGUGUUUUAGAGGAAGAUAAAACUGUACACAUUGUUUGAUGUAGGGCUGGGCAAGAUGACAGUAUUUCAUCAAUAUCAUGAUACAUUUUUUUUAAUCAGAAGACAUUGCAGUAUCACAACAGACAUCUUUUAAUAUUACCAGUAACCUUGGAAGCAACAGUAAAUUCAGGUUUUCAAAGAAUUUUUAAUGCAAUUUUUUUCCAUUACUGCACUGAUACAGGAAUAACAUUAUGACCACCUGGCUAAUAUUGUGUUGGUCCACCUUUUGACCCUGACCCUGACCCGUCAUGUGCUAUGUAUCCUGACACCUUUCUAUCAGAACCAGUAUUAACUUCAGCAACAGUAGAUCGUCUGUUGGAUCAGAUCACGCGGGUCAGCCUUCACUCCCCACGUCCCAUCAGUGAGCCUUGGCCGCCCAUGACCCUGUCGCCGGUUCACCACUGUUCCUUCCUUGGCCUAUUUUUGACAGAUACUGACCACUGCAGACCGGGAACACCCAAGAGCUGC